AAUGCGGACAAUCAAGGCAAAUUAUUUCGAGCUGUGAAAGACCUUUUGGUUGAGAAGAACACGCUAUGUUUCUCUGACUAUACGGAUACGACGGCACUGGUAAACGAGUUAGGGAUGUAUUUUGUGCAGAAAGUUAUUCGGAUUCGAGAUGAGCUCGAUUUGGGUAUCUCGACUACGAAGGAUGUCCCGGAUUAUAGUGACACUAUACCUGACCCACCGGCUCCAUCUGUUUUUUAAUCAUUUGCGUUGCUGACGGAGGACGAUGUGCGCAUACUCAUUGCCAACUCUAAAUCCACAUCCUGCUGUCUUGAUCCUGUCCCAACGCCUCUACUAAAAUCAUGUAUCGAGUCUCUUAUACCAGUGAUCACUAAAAUAAUUAACACCUCAUUGGAAUCAGGAGAUAUCCCCCGAAGACUGGAAAGUGGCCGUAGUCAAACCAUUGUUAAAGAAACUGGGCCUUGACCCGCUGUUUAUGAACUUGCGUCCUGUUAGUAAUUUAGCUUAUAUCUCUAAGCUCAUUGAGCGUGCUGUAUUUAAUCAGCUUUAUGACCACUUGGUUCAGUCAGGUCUUUAUCCUCUACUGCAAUCAGCUUAUCGUCAGUACCAUAGCACAGAGACAGCGCUACUCAAGGUUGCUAACGAUAUUCUUAUGAAUAUGAACUCGCAACGCGUUACGUUACCUGUCCUUUUGGAUUUAAGCGCUGCGUUCGAUACAGUGGAUCAUGAGAUUUUACUGUCACGUUUGUCUUCGAGUUUUGGUAUUUGGGGAAAGGCUCUAGAGUGUUUUUUUUCAUAUUUGUCAGGGCGUAGCCAGCGCAUCGUGUUUGACGGAGUUACAUCAGACAGCUGUGAUGUGCGCUUCGGGGUCCCACAAGGGAGUUGCCUUGGUCCUCUUCUCUUUGUUAUGUACGCUUCAAAGCUUUUUGGGAUUGUUCAAGCACACCUCCCUGAUGCCCAUGGUUUUGCCGAUGAUACGCAAUUAUACCUGUCAUUCAAUCCUAAUAAUCCCGCUCAUCAAACGGAGGCGGUAUCUGCCAUGGAGGGAUGUAUUGGUGACUUGAGGAAAUGGAUGUAUCAGGACAAGCUAAAGUUAAAUGAUUUUAUGCAAUAA